AUGGCUGACCCUCGAACUCUCAACAAGGAGAAAGAGGCUCAGAAGAAAGAGUUUUAUCAGAACCAUCGGAAAAGGAAGGAUUUUUAGAGAGAGAAAAUGUCAUCUCUCAAGGGCUUAUUGAGCUCAGGCAUGCUUAGAAAGAGGCUGAAUCUCUACAAUCGCAUCAGAGGAGGAGACCAUGGCCAUGGCCAUGGCCAUGGAGAGAGUAGAUGGAGCAGUCAAGGAACGCAGGAGAGGCGUAAUGGCUACUUAUUCAACAGGACUCCUCCACCUCCUGGUCAAUCAAGGGAAUGGGAGGAUUGGGAGCUCCCCUACUAUGUUACUGCGUUUCUCACUGUUGUGAUUCUCGGAAUCGGGCUCAAUGCUAAGCCUGAUCUCACUCUUGAGACAUGGGCUCACAAAAAAGCCGUAGAACGCCUUGAGGCUCAGGGAAUUUCUGUUCCCGAGGACGCAAAAUGAAGCCCCUAAUGGGUUUGUGAGCCUGUUAGAGCUUGGUGUGAUGAGUCCCCAAAGCCCAGAAGAACACUGAGGCCCUUGGCAUCUCUGAUCGUCACCUAAUACAUACUCUUUGUUUCUCGCUCUCCCUUUUCUUUUUUGAUGCAAGAUCGAUGUGAUUCUGGUGAUUCAGAAUUUUCAAGGUGGUUAGGAAUUGGCAUGGUGUCUGUAAUGUUAAUAAAGUUAAACUGUGAAUCAACCGUGAAUCUGACUUGUCUUAGUGAUGUUGCAUGCUUCUCGGAUGCAUCCUUUGUUGGCAUAACGCAAUGAUUUUUUACUUAUGCAUACGGCUUGAA